AUGGAUAGGUCAACAUACAAUGAUGCUGCAUUUAUAGAUGUUGUUCCUCACGAUUUUCGCAAAUCUUCAACUUAUUCCGAUAAAAUUCCAAUCAAUGAAUUGGAAAGCAUAUAUUGGCAGACUCUCGGAUGGGUUCACACUCCAAACUUCAAACGAGUCAGUUUGCUUCUUGACUCAACGGUGUCCAUCCCAAGACCAGCUUUGCUGUCUGAAGAACGCUUGUAUGAAAAGCACAGCUCUGAUCCUAAAUUACAGGUAGAGAAGAAAGUUCCAUACGGAUCAUUUACAAAAGCAGUAGCUGUAGAUAUCGCAAAGCGGCAAUUCAGAAAGCAAAACUUCGAAAAGCUUUUGCUCGAAAUGGGGCUAAGCUCAGAAGUUAUUCGCCCAACAACAGUAUGUUGCAGCGACAGAAUUAUUGUUGUUAAGACCGAUGUUGUAGAAGGUAUACCUCCGGAGCCAUUUCUUAACUUAGAAGAUUUUGCUGACGAAUUUAGCUAUGAAACACGGUCACCAGCUGAAUGGUUGCUGCUUGGGAAAUCUGAUACUGGCCAGAAACCGAUACCAGGUGCUGCUUUACUUCCAACAGAUGAUGACGACAUUUUAGCUCUGUCUUAUUUGAAGUGGCAAAAAGUUGCAGUUUUCGAUUACAAUUUUGAAAGAAAACUGUAUAAGGUGAAAAAAGAGCAUGAUUUGAGAAUCAAAGCCAGUUCAGAUGAAGAUUCCCUUUUUGACUAUUGGAUCCCUAGGAUUUAUUUAAAAUUUGAUGGGGAAGAUCCUCUAAGAUUCGUUGAAAGUUUAUUUUCUGCUGUGCGUACGCGUCAUCUAGUUGAGGAAAGUAUUAGAUUGAGCUACUAUGUUGACUGCAUGCCGCUUCAAGGAGCUCCUAGAUGGACCGAUGAAGACUUGAAUGAAAUCGUAGGAAUUGUUAGACAAAAUAAGAUACUGGGUGCAAAACUUCAAUGGAUAAAAGAUGAACUAAAAAUAAACAUGGAGGAACUGCAAGUUGAAUAUCAAAGAGCGUACAAUUAUUUGACUUAUGCCGAAAUUACAGGGCAAAAACCUUGUCUGAUGAGCGAUCUAAAAUGCAAUAUGAUAACUCCUGUAGGUCAAAAGCAAAAUCAAUGUCGAUUUUUGGAACAAUCUUACUCAUUUGGGGAAAGACUUGAAAUAUUUCGAACAAAAACUCUGUAUACCCAGACAGAAGUCAUUCGAGCGAAGUGUAUUGUCGAGACACACAUGCUGGCUCUCAGCAGCAUGUCAAUUUACAGUUUACCGCUAGGAGACGUCAUACCUUUAGAUAAUUUUGAGCAACUUCAAACAAAAGCAUUGAAAAGCAUCGAGGUAUACAUCAACGAGAAAUGGCUAUUAGAAAUAGCAAAAGGCAUCACUUCGAGUCUACAGAACUGUAACAAAGGUUCUUAUGAUUUAAAUCAGAAAAUGCGACACACUUUUCAGUUUAGUAAGCUGGGAAGAUUUUUGAGAAUGUGCAUGUUUAAAAUGCAAGACGUAAUUCGGUUCUUGAUUACAGACUCAUUAUGCUCUUACGCAGCCAUAUUUGAAGAAGCUUGCUAUCGUUUAAAAGACGUAACGGAGGGUUAUGAAUGGCGGGACAGCUUUACAACAAAUAAAUUUAGUCCUUUGAAAUUGCCUAUAUUUUUCACACCAUUAGAAAUCAAAGGAGAGCAUUUGGUAUUCAGCAGAGAUCUGCAGAGCUAUUUGGAUGUUGCAAUGGCAUUGUUUGAUAAAGGAUUGAGAAUUACUCAGGACCUACCACGACUGGAGAAAUUUAUCAUGAAGAAAAUGUUAUACAAUCCUGAUGACAAACUUGAAACUGUGAAUGAAAAAGAAAUUCAAGUUGUACGCUGGCGAGGAAUGAUUGAAAAUGGCAUGAAAAAAGCAAUUAUUGCUGCCAAUGCAUACGCUCAUUCAUAUGACAAAGCUCUGAAACUGUUCAAAACUGACCAGAUCAACUAUGUGAAGAAUUUCGUGCGUACUAAGGCAUCUUGUGAACAUCUGAAGAGUGUCAUUGAAAUGCAUCACUCUGAAAAAGAGAAACUCGCCGAGAGAAUCCCAGCCUUUGUGGACAUAGGCCCUUUUCGUCUUGGAACUAUGGCGGUCCGCAUUGCAGCAGUCAAGAAACACGAAAUAUUGGCUGAUGCUGUACUUGGUCACUUCAACGAGAAACUAAGAAAUCAGAUGGACUCCAUACACGAUAAUUUCCUGGUAUUAUUGGACAGAAUUGAACAACCGACCGGCAACAUUGAAGAUCUGAUAGAAAAGAAGAAAUGGUGCCGUACUGUCCCACAAAAAACCGAAAAGUUGAGUUCAGAAAUUAAUCGUUUGCGUGCUGAUUGCAAGGUGUUCGCUACGUUUCAUCUUAAUAUGGAAAAUGAGGAUUUCGCCAUGUUCUGGAAAGUGCAGGCAUUACCACAGAAGGCGAUGAAAGCAUUAAAUAACCGGCUGGGUUCUUUUGAUAGCGAACGAAAUGAACAUAAGGAGCACUUAGCAGUUGAUCAGAAAAAAUUCAAAGACAACUUAAAACAAUUGCACGGAUCCAUUCAACUUAUCAGUAAGAAGAAAUUCAUUAAAGACGCUUCUCAGAUAGCCAUUAAUGUACGGAAGGCUCGUAAAGAACUCAAUGAUUGCAAAGAACGAGCGGAGCUCUACAACAAAAGAGAGCGGUUAUUCGGUUUCGACCCAACAGAUUAUUCUGAGGUUGAAGAUUUGUCGAAAACUUUAAGGCCGUACGAACAAUUCUGGUUGAGUACAGCAGAAUUUCAGAAGUACCGAGAGAUGGACAAAACAGACAAGAUCGAGACAUCUCAGCUGAGAGAAGCGAUUAAAGAAUUCCGAGGGAAUUUGAGGAGUUGCGAAGAUUACUUCAAGGAAAAGAAUUCGACUUUGUUCGCAGCAGUGCAAACCGUUUUGGCAGAAAUUAAUGAUUUUGUAAGAUCUAGAAAGUAG